GACAAGUGAGCUCGCAUCCCUGGUUCUUCGGCUUCCCUCGGCGCAUUUUUUUCAAAGCGAAACGGCAAAGAAAUGCUCUGGCAUUUUACGGAUUUCUAAGUGUAUUAUUUAUGUGAGAAAAUUGCAAAUAAAAGUGAGUCCAUCAUGCCACCCAAGCUGGAGCCAAUUAGCGUGCGCACCGCGCGCCUGAACAACUUGAUUCUGGGCAAAGGUGCUGGCGUCUGUGCGAAGCCCGCUGGAAGCGCCACCGGAUCGGGUAUUCCCGCCUCCACCAGGAGGAGCAUCGUACCCGUGAGCACCACCAGCGCCGCCGUGGCUGAGGCCAUCUGCCGCGAGGGACUCCUGGACGCCUUCUGUCUGCUGUACAAUGAGUGCGACAAGGACACGCUGAAGAAGCGCGAUCGCAACAUCGCCGAGUUUGUCAACAAAUUUCGUCCCAUCAUAGAGGAGACCCGCAAACUCAGGGUCAACGCAGAUGACUUCCUCAUUAAGACGCUUAUUGGCCAAGGAUACUUUGGCAACGUUCACCUGGUGGUGGAGCGCCAAACCAACGACAUAUACGCCAUGAAGAAGAUCAAAAAGUCGGUGGUGACGACGUCACAAGUCAAGGAGGAGCGCGAUAUCAUGUCCAUUCGCAACUCUGAAUGGCUGAUCAAUCUGCAGUACGCCUUUCAGGAUAACGACAAUCUGUACCUGGUCAUGGAGUACAUGCCCGGCGGAGACCUUCUCAGCUUGAUGUCUCGCCAUGGCCCAUUCGAUGAGGACUUGGCUCGUUUCUAUCUGGCCGAACUCACAGUGGCACUGCACACAUUGCACGAGAUGGGCUAUGUGCAUCGGGAUAUAAAGCCUGAAAAUAUACUGAUUGAUCGUUUCGGUCAUAUAAAACUGGCUGAUUUCGGUAAUGCCGCUGCCUUGGAUCGCGAUGGCCAUGUGCUGAGUUUGUCGCCGGUGGGAACACCGGAUUACAUAGCUCCAGAGCUGCUGCAGACCAUAUCCACCUACAAGCUGUCCAAGUCGAUGCACGAUGUGAGUAGAAUUGUCAGCUGCGAUUAUUGGUCCAUGGGUAUUAUAGGAUAUGAGUUAAUAUGCGAAACAACACCUUUUCACGAGGACAAUGUACACGAGACAUACUCCAAGAUUCUCUCCCACUGCGAGGAGAGUCACCUCAAAGAGCUCAUCAGCUUUCCCGCCGACUUGAAGGUGUCCGUUAACUAUAGAAAUCUGAUUGAGUCACUGGUCACAAAUCCUUCGAAGCGAUUGUCCUAUGAGCGCAUUAAGAAUCACCCCUUCUUCAGCGAAAUUCCGUGGGGCUCCAUUCGCUCGCAGGUUCCACCGAUUAUACCAACUGUUAGGUCUGACGAUGAUACCUCCAAUUUCGAGGACGGAAUUCGUCAUAAGACUCGCAGGGAAAAGGGAGUAGCAAAAAAGUCGCUCACAACCAACAUGAAAUCGAAUGAUUUCAGUGGCAAGGAUCUGCCAUUCAUUGGGUACAGUUUUGUGCACAUGGAAAAAUCGGCAAUUUCUGCUACAACCGAUGAAAAGCUGCAGGAGAAGCUAAAGGAACUGCUGCAGAAGCUGAAGACUAGAGAGAAUGAGAUUACCAUGCUGAAACAAGAUCUUUUGCGGGCUCAGCAAUCGCUUAGGAAGACCGAUAACAAAUCUCAGGUGGUGGCCGAUGCUAAAAUGGAAAUUAAGAAGUUGCAACAGAUUAUCAAGGAGAAAACAAUGGAGCUGACCACUUGCAAGACGCAAAUAAAGACGCUCCAAAGUUCGGCCAAAAUAGACGAGGAAAUGUGGUCCAAGAAGGAAGCCACUAUCACCGAUCUUCUCCGCCUGAAUCGCCAAAAGUACGAAGAAGCCAAGAUCGCAUCGGAGCAACGAUAUGAGAAACAAUUGGCGGACAAAAAACAAGAGCUGGCAUCCACGCUGCAAAAGCUAGAUGCCCGUGAACUGGAGUUCAAUGCCAAGUUCGAAGAGUGCAAGCAUUUGUCCAUGAAGUUGCAAAACUACAAGGAUAUGCUGCAGCAGAUCAAGGAGCAGAAUCUCAAGUCUGAGACGAACCAUGAGGAGCAGAGGCGCCAAAUGGCCGAGUCGUAUGAGCAAAAGCUGACUGAUCUCCGGAAAAAGGUUCGCGACUCGCAGGAUACAAACCGACGCAUGACAAUGGAGAUAAAGGAAAUACGCACCGAGCUGGACGAGUCCAUAUCCUCCAGCAAGUCGACCCAGGAAGCGAAGAAUGCUACCGAGCGGAACAUCGAAGAAAUCCUGCGGCGUCUAAACCAGGAGAUCGCCUCCAAUAAUGAGCUUCAUGCGGAAAAGGUCAAACUGGAGACGAAGCUGCAGCUGAAGGAGAAUGAAACCCAAGAAGUUCGAGCCGAAUGUCAUCGACUUGAGAGGGAAUUGCAGCUCGCCGAAUGCCGCUGCCAGCUGGCUGAAUCCUCACUAGCCUCCCACGUUUCCCCCUACGAAACUGCGCCUGGAUCUUUGACCGAACUGAAUGCCAUUGAGGACCAACUUCGCGCUGACUUGUUAGCCGCCAAAGAGAGUGAAAACCAUCAGAAGGGACGAGCCGAUCAACUGCAGACACUGGUCACCAAACUGGAGCAAAUGCUUGAGCGCUUUAACGAGCAGAGUCUAUCACCCACGAAAUCGCACUCAUCGCGUAAGCAAGAAGGUGAAACCGUUGGUGAUAUGCUCGAGCGGCAGAACGAGAAGCUGGAGGAUAAAUUGGCAGCAGUGCGGGAGCAGAUGAUUGUGGAACGUCAGGCAGCGCGUACAGCGAAUCUAUCGCUCUGGAAGGUGGAGAAACAACUCGAGGAAGCUUUGUCCGAGAAGAAGUUACUGGCGCGUCGCAUGGAACUCACCGAGGAUCGCAUCAAAAAGGUGCAAAACGCCAGCGAUGAAUCACAGAGAAUGCUCAAGACGUCUCAGGAGGAAACUCGCCAGCGGGAGUCUCGCAUCGAGGAGCUAAAGCAGGAACUGGCGGCCGCCAAAAGGGAUGUCCUCAAGGAGCACCGCCAAUGGGAAAAGGCCGAGCAGGAGCGCAUGAAGUGCAAGUCGGAGAUAAUCGAGCACUUGGCCAAUGUGCACAGAUUAGAACAACAGGAGACGGAACUGCGCCAGAAACUCAGGCAAAUCCAAUCCCGAUUCGAUGGUCUAACAUUGGAACAGAAGAAUAACACACGCGAACUGCAGAAGGAGCGCGAAAAGAGCAGAAAAGCGAAUGACUCUUGUCUCGUCUUACAGAAGGAGCUGAAACAGCUCACCGAUAACUUCCAGAGGUUGAAGUACGCGUGUAGCAUUACCGACAGCCAGCUGACUGAAGUAGAGACCAUGCUUAAAUCUGAGCAGGAUCGAAAUAAAUCCCAGAAAUCUCAACUUGAUACUCUUCAUGAGAAACUGCGAGAGCGCAACGAUCAAUUAACUGAUCUGCGAAAGCAACUAACUGCGGUGGAAGCUGAAAAGCGUCUGGCGGAGCAGCGUGCUCAAGUGUUGGCAUCGGAAAUCGAGGAACUUCGCCUCAAUCUCAAGGAGCAGCAGAAGAAGCUGGUGGCGCAGCAGGAUCAGUUGGUGGAGCAGACUAACGCGCUGUUUGCCACCCAGGAGAGAGCUGAACUUUUGGAUGGGCAAAAUGCCAAUUACGAAGCCCAAACGGCGGAUUCGAAUCGCGAAAUGGUUAGUCUGAAGGAGGAAAAUGCUAGAAUUCUCAGCGAGCUGUUCCACAAGAAGGAGGAGGUGGGCAAUCUCCAGGCGGAGAUAAGGGACUUGGAGUCUGCGCAAGCCAACUUGCACGCGGAGAUCGAUUCCCUUCAGGACACUUUGGCCGAGAAGGAGCAGUUCUACGUGCAGCGGGACAUUAAAUCGAAUGCCACUCUGGCGCAGCACAAAAAGCUUAUUGACUACCUUCAGCUCAAAGUUGAGGACCUGUCCGCCAAGAAGAAAAAGACAUUGGCGGACAAACUUUUCGGUUCUAGCCACACAAACAAGGAGAACGUGUCACCCAGUGACGUGGAAUCUUCCAUUCUGUAUCGCGCUCUAAAGGAGGAACUGAAGCGAGAACAAAAGAUGAACAGCUUGCUGAAGGAGCAGUUGGCUCAGUUGAAUGGAACUGCAACCCUGCGCUCUCCACGCAAAUCAGCAGCCAUAAAUGGCGACUCCGAUGCACCCAAACAGAGGCCCGUGAGCAUUGCUGCCUUGCCACGUUCGCCACAGAAGCAGCAGCUGCCCCUGAAGCGCACCACCAGCCAGUUGGAGUUGAAGUCAACGGCGGAGAAACCGACUAAAGUAACCAUUGAGAACCAGGCUCAUCACCGUUUCGAACUGGCCCUGCAGGAGUCCAAGGUGGAUGCAGCCAACUGUGUAGUUUGCGGACAGGCUGGCGUUGCCGGUUCGCCAUUCUGGAAAUGCAAGGAGUGCAAAGAUGUAACGCAUCGCAAGUGUCGCUCCAAUGUUCAGGGUCAUUGCGGAGCCACCAAGCCGUCUGCACCGCCAGCCGAUGAUCUAAGCAGUGUUCAAUCUGUCUCCAGCUUGACUUUGGAUAGCGUAGAUAGUGCGGGUGGUACAACCAGCGGUGGCGAGUACAUUGGAUCGUUGGUCUACAGUUCGGAUGGUGCAGAAGAUCAGGCACGGAAGGAGAUCGAAGUGAACUGCGCCUUUGAAGUGGCCGAGCAGCAAAUACUCCUUUUGGGCUGUAACACGGGACUGUACGCGUAUCACUUGGACUCGCAGCGAUUGGUGCACAUUACUGGUCUCGAGUCGGUGAGCUGCAUGUCCAUCUGCAAGCGCCUGGCCAAGGCUAUCAUGGUGGGCACAGUGGGCGAGAAGCUCUAUCAAUGUGACUACCGCCAGCUGGAGUCACGCUGCCAGAGCUCCAGUUCGUGUCACAAGCCUGUGCUGGAGACCUCGGCCAUUGAGCUGCCUUUUGCCAAUCGCACGCCCUCGGAGAAAUGGAAACUAGUGCUGAUCUCCGAUGAGGCGGAGAACGCAUUGGAUUCGGUGGCUAUUGCGGCCACGUCCACUAGGAUUGUCAUUUUGAAGUACGACCUUAAGCUGCACAUGUUUAAGCCAGUUCGAGCCUUGGACACGGCCACGCCAGUCACUUCCAUAUUCUUUACGCGUCACUCGGCCAUUGUUAGCUCGGAUAAGUUCUACGAGAUCGAUUUGGACAAUUAUGCGGCUGAGGAGUUUGUGGAUCUCUCCGAUAAGUCAAUGGAGAGCACUGCCAAGUGCCAGCCCCUAACUGCUGUGCGCAUCUCACGGCAGGAGUAUCUGCUCUGCUUUGCCGAAUAUGGCGUCUUUGUGGACGAGUUUGGCUGCAGAUCCAGGCCGUACGAUCUGAACUGGGUCUAUGCACCCACUGGAUUUGUUUACCGCGAGCCAUUCCUAUUCAUUGCCCACUACCAAAGCGUGCAGAUAGUACGUUUGCAUCGGUCGUUCAGCAAGGAAAUGAGCAGCGGUGACAACGCAUCGGAGACUUUGGAAUCCCCGGAGCUGCAGCGCGUCUACUUGCCCCACUACAUGUCCACGCUGCUGGCCAACAGCGGAGAUGUCAAUCUCUAUGCCGUGGCCAUCGAUCAGAGGCCCUGCAAUGGAACACAGAAGAUCUACCAUCUGGACACGAUGCAGGCAUUCAAGCAGAAGUUCAAUAUCUCCAUGGAAACGCUGUCAUCAGUGGCCACUUCCGUGACUUUGGGCUCGACGGUCACCGGAAAUAGCUUAUAGAUGAAGGAUAUUUUAACUAAGCAAAUGGACAAAGCAUAAUACUACAAACUCAGUAGUAGUAGUUAUUUCUAGGAUUAGGAUAUGAUAUAAAUCCGAAUAAUUAUUAUUUUAACUUGUCACAA